GCAUUCCGGAUGUGGUACGAAUAAUACGAACGAUCAAAGAACGUGAUAUGAUCCCGGUGAUCGUCUUCUCAUUCAGCCGUAAAGAAUGCGAAGCAUAUGCAACACAAAUGACAAAUCUGGAUUUCAACACCGAAAAUGAAAAAACAGUGGUACGGGAAAUAUUUGUGAAUGCGAUCAGUUUGUUAUCAGAUGAGGACAGCAAAUUACCAGAAAUUGGCCGAGUGCUUCCGUUGCUGUUGCGUGGCAUUGGAGUACAUCAUUCCGGGCUGCUUCCAAUCAUCAAGGAAGUGAUCGAGAUACUCUUCGGCGAAGGGCUAAUC